AUGAUGCACCCAAGCCUGUCUCGUUUGGUGGGGCAACAUCUUCGAGACGCUGAUAAUGUGCUGCUACGGUUUGAAAAAUCCCUCUAUGACCUCAUAAGAGGAUUGCGGAACCACAAGGGCAACGAGAAGGCAUACAUACAAAACAGCCUCAAAGAAUGUCGAGCAGAAAUCCGUGGGCAGGACAUGGAUGUCAAGGCGACAGCUUUGCUGAAGCUUGUCUAUCUCGAAAUGUUCGGACAUGAUAUGUCCUGGGCUUCCUUCCAUGUGCUCGAAGUCAUGUCCUCCGCCAAAUAUAUACAAAAAAGGGUUGGCUACCUCGGAGCCGUCCAAAGUUUCCGCCCUGAUACAGAAGUCUUGAUGUUGGCGACAAAUUUGUUGAAGAAGGACAUCGUCUCCGCAUCUCUAACGACAAUGUCUCUCCCAAUUAUAACUUUACCUCACAUUAUCACCUCAUCUUUAGCCAUGUCCGUGCUAUCCGAUUUACUUCCUCGUUUGACACACUCCAGCCCAACGGUUCGGAAAAAGACAAUCGUUACUAUAUAUCGCCUGGCCCUGGUUUACCCCGAAACGCUACGGCCGGCGUGGCCCAGAAUCAAAGAACGUCUAAUGGACGACAACGAAGACUCCAGUGUUACUGCAGCCAUUGUCAAUGUAAUCUGUGAGCUUGGAUGGCGGCGUCCUCAGGAUUUCCUGCCUUUAGCCCCAAGGUUGUUUGAACUGCUGGUCGAUGGAGGAAAUAAUUGGAUGGCAAUCAAAUUAAUCAAACUUUUUGCGACGAUGACUCCUUUAGAGCCUCGCCUUGUUAAAAAACUGUUACCCCCUCUGACAUCGAUCAUCCGGACUACACCUGCAAUGUCGCUCUUGUAUGAAUGCAUCAAUGGCAUUAUUCAAGGUGGGAUAUUGGGAGGGACGGACAAUGAAAGCGAAGAUGAGAUUGCUACUUUAUGUGUCACCAAACUUCGUGGUAUGAUAAUGGUUGAAGGCGACCCUAACUUGAAAUACGUUGCACUGUUAGCCUUCAACCAGAUUGUAUUGACUCACCCAUAUCUCGUAUCACAGCAAGAAGAUGUUAUAAUGGACUGCAUAGACAGUCCAGAUAUGUCCAUCAGACUGCGAGCACUAGAUCUAGUUGUGGGCAUGGUCAGCAGCGAUAACCUCAUGUCUAUUGUUGGUCGAUUAAUGCGCCAAUUACGGAGCGUAACCUCGACGGAUUCCCAGGAUAGCGGUUCACCCAGUCCAGCUGCAUUCGAUUCUGACGAAGAAAACCCAGGGGUAAAUAUGAGGUCGAAUCGGAACGCCGCUACAUAUAAUCUUCCGGACGACUACAGGAAUGAUGUUAUUCUGAGGAUUCUAAAGAUGUGCUCAAGCAGCAAUUACAACAAUCUUGUUGAUUUUGAGUGGUAUAUUGAUAUCCUGAUUCAACUCGCCCGCAACGCGCCCAGGCACAUCCCAACUUCUGCUGCCGACUCGCAUACUCUCGCCAACGACUCUGGAGAGUCAGAUGUGGCUGAAAAUAUAGGAAAUGAGUUACGAAACGUUGCCGUCAAGGUUAAGGCAAUACGUGCCAGCGCUACGAGAGCUGCGGAGUCCAUAAUAGUGGAUGGUUUGCACGGGGCAGUGCCCCAAAUUGCCGAAAAGAGAGGAAUCUUACGGCCCGUGACGUGGGUUGUGGGAGAGUACGCUCCAUAUCUAUCCUAUCCAGAAGACGUGCUGGUUGGUCUCCUGCAUUUUACAAAACCACAGUCAGAUCCCGAGGUGCUCGCGAUGACGUUACAAGCCAUACCAAAGGUGUUUGCCCAUUUGUCAGGGAACGAAUCUAUGGAGUGGUCCGCUGAGAGGAAAACCAUGCUGUCACUUCUGAUGGCUCGCAUACUACAUACUAUGGAGCCAUUGGCGUUGCACCCGAAUCUGGAGGUGCAGGAAAGAACCACGGAAUUUGUAGAGCUCCUACGGCUAGCUGCAGAGGCUUCUGCUGGUCAAGAGGCAUCUUCAACCACGGAUCAGUACGACGCACCUUUGUUGUUAACCCAGGCAAUACCGUCACUAUUUGCGGGCCUUGAUCUCCACUCCAUUGCCCCAGGCGCUCAAAGCAAUGUACCUAUGCCGGCCAAUCUUAACCUUGAUCAACCUAUCACUGCCAAUUUAAAUGAGCUCCUCAGAGGAGCUGACUCAGGAGCGUACGAGAGAACUGAUGAGGACGAAUUCCAAGAGUAUUAUCAUCAGAGACCAUCAACUUUAAGUUUAUCAAUGGCGGAUCCCGCAAUCAACCGCCUCGCAGAAACCCCCGAGGAGAAGCCUCAGUCGUAUCAGCGCGAUACGGAAGACACAUACUUGGAUCCUGACAUUGUUGCUCGCAGGAGGGCCGAGAGACUGGAAAGAAAUAAAGAUGACCCAUUUUAUAUUGCUGGCAUCAGUUCGGAAUCUUCUACAUCUACCCCCUUCGACACGAUCAUCCGAAAUGGCAACGGGAAUGACCUCGACAUUGACUCUAUACCAAUCAUGCAACUCGACCUGGGAAACAUGCCAUCUGUUGCUCCAGAGCAGAAACCCAAAAAGCGGGCGGCUGUCAAACCUCGCCAACGCAUCCAGGUUUCAGCGGAUGAGACACUCGCUGCUAGUGGCAGCUCAACCCCGAGGAACGAUGAUUCGGAGGCCAGUUUAGAAGGGCAACCACGUGCUCGAACAAAGCCAAAGAGGUCGCCUCUUCUUGUAGACUCAAGUAACAUAGGAGAGUUUGUUCUUGAAGGUGACGAUAACGUCAGCGGAGGAUCGGCAGAGUACGAGCAUCACCACGAUCAGAAAGAGGAAGAAGAAAUGGCCAAAGCAAUGCAAGAGAUUGAGAAGUUGAGGCUGGAAAUGCAACGUGCAAAUGAGCGUAUCCAGGCUGCUCAGGGUGUUCCUCCAGAAGGGACUGUGGUUAAGAAGAAGACCAAGAAAAAGGUUAAGGCUGUUGGUGAUGAAGCGACUGGGAAGGUUCCCUCGAAGAAGAAAGCGGAGCAAGCGGAUGGGUCUGCUGAGGUUACUACGGUAAAGAAGAAGAGGAAGAAAGUCAAGGCCAAGGAGCCUGAGGCAGGGGGUAUCGAGGCCGAUGCUGAGAAAACAUAA